AUGAAUGGAACGAACUAUAGAACCUGGGGAGAUUUUCCACAUGUAAAUAUCAAUUCCGUAUCCUCUGGCCACAAAAAAAUCGGGAAGUUGUCUCUGGUGCCUCUACCCCUGAUGGCGCAAGCGGAACGGUCUGCCUACCAUGAAGACAACUUGAAUCACAUUCCCAGUCCAAUACUGGAGACUGCUGGAGACUGCGGUCUAUUCCAGGUCUAUUCUCUCUUCAAGGACAGUCAGUGUCCACCAAAUCGGGACAGGAAGCUGGGGAAGCCUGUCGUGCACCAUGCGCGUUUUGGCCUUCUUCUCCCAUGGACGGCAGCUCCGACGCUAGUUAAAAUGCCUCGAAGGGAUGCAUUUCUCUUCCCCGAGGCCAUGCAUGCGGGACGAAGGAUGAGGGCGAAGUGCUUGUUAUUGGGUUUAUUGGCGCCAGGGGUUCUUACGCAGACAUGGUGCGGCAAAAACUACAUGGCGGGUUCGCCAAUCGUGCCGCCAGGCGGCCAAUUCCCGCCAGUGCCGACCUCAGAGACGCCCCUGCUUGCUUUUCGAUGUGCUCCUGCCAUAAGGCCCUACCUCGCUGAAGAUGCAACUUCCUCGGAUGGAGUUGCCGUCCUAAUCGACACCCCAAUCACCUUCUCCCAAAUCGCCAACGCAGCCCCGCUCAAGUCGUCUCUCUCGCGAUCUAUCUCUGUCACUGUCUCUGUGGAUGGCAAGAGGCUCACAAGUGGCGUGGUUCCGCUGAACACGACGAAGGAGCUCCCGUUUUCGCUCUCCUUUCUAAAGCCUCGGGUGCAAGCGUACACUCUCACAUGCACCGCAACGUUAGGAAGGCAGACGUUCAGCGCCACGGGAUCUUUGAGUUAUCUCCCAAGCCUGCCGCCAGGUAUCGGCUCCGCGACGAAGAUGGAUCUGCGAAUCGGUGCUUUGCUGGCACGACCUGCAGACGGCAAGGGCGGGCCUUACGCGCCUGUCUUUCCGAUUGGCUUCUAUACGAACUUCGGAGGGUACCUCGCGGAGGAUUUUUCCAUCCCUGCUACGCUGAAGGCUCAAGGUUUCACAGUGGUUCAUCCAAUUCCGACGUUUGACAAUCUUACAGCUCUGGAGAUUGUCUUGGACAAGAUGCAAGAGGCUGGGCUGUACCUGAUGUACGACAUGCGAUGGACUUACAUGAAUGCCACCGCCGUUACAGAAGAAGUGAACCGCAUCAAAUCGCGACCCAACCUUCUUCUGUGGUACACCGGCGACGAGCCAGACGGGACCUCUGAUCCACUCGAUGCCACACUGAAGUCCUCGAACCUCAUCCAAUCGCUCGAUGGAGGCGACGGGCUGGGCGGUGCAGGGUAUCACCCUGUGUCGUUAGUGCUGAACUGCCAGGACUAUUACUUCUCAGAAUACACACGCGGCUCGGACAUCGUCAUGCAAGACGCCUACCCCAUCGGCAUCAACGCGACAUUCUCGACCGUCUGGGGCACGAUCUGUACGAAAGAUUAUGGGGAUUGCGGUUGUGACAAUUGCCAAGGCUCGUUGGAAGACAUCUCCACUCGGAUGGACGAAUUUAGCGAGCGCCUGUUCGUGAAUGGUUGGGAGCGGACGAAGGCUGUCUGGACGGUGCCUCAGGGAUUCGGGAAUUCGAGUUAUUGGAACCGGUACCCGACUGGUCAAGAAUUCGUCGUUCAGAGUAUUUUGGGCAUAAAUCAUGGCACUCUAGGUGUUGUAUCUUGGAAUGAUCCUACUACGCCAGACAUUAAAGCAUCAGCUUCGAAGCUCGCACUGGUAUUACCCCAGCUGAAUCCUUUCAUCCUCAACCCACGAGCGACCUUCCGUCAUAUCACCGUCAAUCGCGUUGAUUUCGGCAUAUGGCACGUCGGCACUGACGCCCUCGUGCUGGGCACGAACAUCAACUAUUCGACAGCCGUGAUACGGAUGCGCGACCUGGGUCUGCCGCUAUCGCAAGUAUCUGUGGCGCAGGUCCUUGACACAGGCGCAUCAGUCGAUCCAGCGAGAGGCCAUUUUAUCUUCCAGGCCGUUGGAAGCGGUGCAUUCGUGAUCAAGACCAACUGA